AUGGAGUUGGCCGCGGCGGUGGGGAGAUGGGCGUGGAGGAGUGAAUUACACAGAACUACCACAUUUGCGGCAGCUGUAACGCGUCAGACGAACGGCCGUUUCUUCUCGUUAGGUCGUGGAACGGAGGUGGUUAAGACGGCUUGGUCGGGUCGGACCGCACCAGACCGCAGCAGUCGCACCGUCGCGCCACCAUCUUCCUCCUCUGUGCCUCUCUCCUCCGCCGCCGAGGCGCAGCGCCGCCGUGUCCCUCCGCCGCCGUCAAUGCCUUCGUGGAGCGACGGAGAAAGCACCGACGACAGCCUCCUGUCGGAGUUCGACCACGGGCACGACAUUAGCCCCCGUCCACCGAUGCCAGAGAGCAUUUUAUUUCCUGAGUUCACUGGGUAUGAGGAUUGUGAUCUGAGAUGCAAGCAUGACAUGCCUAUGUAUAGGUAUGUUUGCUUUGAAGGGGCAAACACUGGUAGGAGAUUCCUUGGAUGUGGAUGUAAGGAGGAGGUGAUGUGUGAUACAGUUCACUGGGUUGAUCAUGAGUGGCCAUGUACACUCAAGAAAUCUCUGGUAAAAAUUUGGACUAUGUAUGAGGAGGAGAGGGACUCAAGAAUCCAUGGGAAUGUGGAGUAUGCUACUAAGAAUUACCAGCUAGUCCUACAGAAAAGGGAUUUAGAGAAGAAGAACUUGGAGCUACACAAGCAGUUAGGUGACACUCUGGAGUAUGUUGCAGAGGCAACCAGCCAUGAGCUUGAGGUUGCAAAGAGGCAGGAGGCAGAGCUACAGGUGGCUAGUUUAAAGGAAGAAAAAAAGAAGCUGGAGUUUGAGAUGGCAAGGAGGCUGAAGGCAGAAGAAGAUGUUGCCACUUUGAUGGAAGAGAAGAAGAAGGUGGAGGUUGAGGUUGCAAAGAGGCUAGAGGCAGAGGGAAUGGUUGCCAGUUUGAAGGAAGAAAAGAGACAGCUGGAGUACUAUGUGGCAGAUCUUCUCAAGGCCCACCAUGUCCACAAGGACAAGUUGAAGAAAAUAGCUGAGAUAUGUGCUGAAUGA